AACAAACGAGCGGGCAGAUACAGCGAGAGGAGGAAAGGAGGACACAGAGCGCGAAACUUCCGUUGCAGUAAGAAGGUCGUCCGUCUGGUAUCCGCCAUUGUUAUCACGCCUUCGAAGCUCUGGCCUGUACGGAAAGAGAGAUGAGCGGGAUGAAGAAGAGAAUGCUGGUGGUGGGGGGGACUGGGUACUUGGGGCAGCACCUGCUGCAGGGGCUCUCGGAUGCUUUCGAUCUCGCCUUCACUUACCAUUCCCAUCUCCCUAAGCUCCUGCUCGACUCCAUUCCUCACUCCCUCGCCUUCCGCGUCGACCUGCAGACGGGCCAAGGCUUGGACGCCAUUGCACAAUCAUUCGGUCAGCCCGACUUUGUUGUCAACUGCGCCGCUCUUUCGAUUCCUCGUGCCUGUGAAGCGGAUCCGGCUGCUUCAAUGUCUAUCAACGUCCCUUCUUCUCUCCUACGGUGGCUGUCCACAUUCAGUGAGAAGGAAUAUCUGUUCAUCCACCUAUCAACUGACCAAGUUUAUGAAGGUGUCAAGUCUUUCUACAAGGAAGAGGAUGAAACCAAGCCUGUGAAUGUUUAUGGGAAAUCGAAAGUGGCAGCAGAACAAUUCAUACAUGAAAACUGCUCCAACUUUGCAAUCUUGAGGAGCAGCAUCAUCAUCGGGCCGCAGACUGUUUCACCUUUGCCCAAAUCUCUUCUGAUUCAGUGGAUCGAUGGCGUCCUCUUAAAAGGAGAUGAAGUUCAGUUCUUUGAUGACGAGUUCCGCUGCCCAAUUUAUGUCAAGGAUGUUGUAAAGAUCAUACAAGCUCUGACAGAUAAGUGGGUGACAGAGGGGAAGCAGAUGAGAUUGCUACUGAAUGCUGGGGGACCAGACCGAGUUUCUCGUGCUCAAAUGGCUGAGACUGUGGCGCAUGUUAGAGGAUACAACACCUCCUUGAUCAAGCAAGUUUCUGCUUCAUCAGUCGACCGAGGUGUUAAGUCCCCCGCAGAUAUAUCCAUGGAUAUCAGUAAGCUGGUUGAGAUGCUGAACGUCUCUCCCACAUCAUUCAAAGACGGUGUCAAGUUGACUCUUGAAGCUUAGACAAGUUCCUGAUCGCUUCAAAGUUUGAUGGGCUUGAGGAACGGAAGGAUCCAAGUUCUCUGAUGGAAAUGCUGGCUUUACUUGUUAGAUGAGGCAAAUAUUUGCUGGAACAGGCCAUCUGUUGUAACAUGAAUAUCUGUAUCGAAAUAUAUCAUUCUUUUUGAAUAAAUAACUCACGGGUCGUUUGGUUCAAUUGUUUCUGAUGCUGGGAGCUUCGGUAUUAUUAAGAAUAUGUGUAUCAGGAAAUUUUUCUAUUUUAACUUUAUUGAGCGUACCA